UCACUUCUUUUGAUUUUAGACUUGUAAUAAAUUCAUUGGCAUAAUACAGUAAAGACUCUGCCAUGAUAGUUUUUGAACCUAUUCAAUUCGAGAAGUAAUCAUCAGGAAUUCAUUUCAAAUCUUGUGAUUGUAAGUUACGGGUGAUUGAGAACUAUGCUUCCAAUCACAGAUCGUUCAAUAUCAUCGGGAGUGAAAUAGUUUUCUUCAGGUGAGCUCCAGAGAAUGGGAGAAAAGUGACCCUUGACCUGUAGUGCGGAGUGGUGACCUCACAAUGUUAGGAUUUCCAGCCCUUACCAUCCUCAAGGAUAAAGCACAAUCACUCUUUGGCCGAAAUAUCGAAUAUGAGGAAUUUGAGUUACCUAACAAAGACUUACAACACCAGGAAUCCGUGGGGAAGGGCUACUAUGGCGGGGCAGAUGAGAUGGGAGGGGGGAGGGGAGCCGGUACCCCCGACUCCCUGCCGGAACCCGAGCGACCCCCCCUCCGCCACAUCGACAAAUACAUCAAGCCGGAGCUUCCCUGUCUCACCAAGCGAUACACGGUCGCACUGCUCACUUGCGUAGGUUUCAUAAUAUCAUUUGGAAUGAGGUGUAACAUGGGAAUGGCAAAAUUACGCUUCGAGAGGAGACCGGAUCAAGUAACCAGCAGUAACUCAUCAGAAACAACCACACAUGCACCAUCUGGUGAUGACGAUGAUGAUGACGACGUGAGAUUCAACUGGUCGGUAGCCGUGGAGAGCGCAGUCGACUCCUCUUUCUUCUGGGGCUACCUGCUCACUCAGGUGCCUGGUGGAUUCCUAGCUUCAAAGUACCCUGCAAAUAGAAUAUUCGGAACAGCAAUAGCGAUAUCUUCCUUCCUGAAUCUUCUAGUUCCGGCUGCAACUAGUGUGCCAGAAUUUCUCAUCAUAAUUCGCGUUAUGCAGGGUCUAGUAGAGGGUGUGACAUACCCGGCAUGUCACGGCAUCUGGCGGUUCUGGGCGCCGCCGCUAGAGCGCUCUCGACUGGCCACCAUUGCGUUCUGCGGCUCGUACGCGGGAGUUGUGUUCGGAAUGCCUCUCUCCGGCAUACUCACUGGCAGCAUCAGUUGGCGCGCGCCUUUCUACUUCUAUGGCGUGGUGGGCAUCCUGUGGUACCUGUCGUGGCUGUGGCUGACGUUCGAGAAGCCGGCCAAGCACCCGACCAUCUCGGCCCGUGAGCUGCAGUACAUAGAGGCGUCGCUCGGCACCUCGACGCAGCAGGCCAUGCCCACUAUGGCCACCACACCGUGGCGGGCAUUCAGCACCUCCAUGCCCGUCUACGCCAUCAUUGUCGCCAACUUCUGUCGCUCCUGGAACUUCUAUCUGCUCGUGCUCUUCCAGGCGUCCUAUCUGCGCGAUGUCUUUCAUCUGCAGAUUGCUGAGACGGGAUUUGUGGGCGCAUUGCCUCACCUGCUGAUGACAGUGAUCGUGCCGCUGGGCGGCAUGUUGGCCGACCACGUGCGCAAGCGCGGCAUCCUCACCACCACCAAUGUGCGCAAACUCUUCAACUGCGGCGGCUUCGGCAUGGAGGCUGUCUUCUUUCUGGUUGUCGCGCAUGCGCACUCCGCUGUCACCGCUAACCUCGCGCUAACCUGUGGUGUCGCGUUUAGCGGGUUUGCUAUAUCUGGUUUCAAUGUCAACCAUCUGGACAUAGCUCCAAGGUACGCCAGUAUUCUGAUGGGAAUGUCAAAUGGAGUCGGAACGAUAGCCGGACUCUUCCUUCCUAUCGCCAUCGACAACAUCACAAAAGAUCAUUCGCCAGAAAGUUGGAAGUUUGUGUUCAUAAUGGCGGCGACGGUGCACUUUUUCGGUGUGUCGUUCUACGCGAUGUUUGCGUCGGGCGAACUGCAGCCGUGGGCAGAGACCAUUGUGGGCGAGGAGAAGUCCGCCACUCCGGCACCUGGGCCCCCUCAGGGAGGUCCGCCCCCCCGGCCACCUCAUCCACCCCAACCCACCUGGGACCCCAUGGAGGACGCUACCAAACCUACUAUGGACGGACAGAACCAGAUGAUAAACUAUGGCAGCAUGGGGCAACAAGGAGGUCAAUAUGGCUACACCAAUCACGUGAUGACUGAACAGGUCCAACCGGAGUCCAGAGACACCUACAUGCAUGGUGGAGGCUACUAGGCCAAGCCACGCCCACCACUGCCAGGCAACCUAUUGUGAUCUUAUAUUGUUGGUUAUCAGUGAGAUUCACUUUCAACUGUCAGUAUGGAAGCAUUAUUGGUGUUAUUUAUGUUGACAGUUAAAGUACGGUUGAAUGAGUACUGAGAAGUAUUGAUAUUAUUUAUAAAAAAAAAUGCUGACAGUUUGAAAUGAAUCUCAUUAUAGAAAUAUUGUUGACCUUGAGUUGGUGUUUGCAAAAUAAAGUCGGCAUGAAAUGCUUCAAAAGCUUGUUGAGAGGUUAGAAAUUUUAAAAUGUUCCAACUCUAUUCCAGUUAUUGAUCAAUAUUUUAUUGAAUUUCAGUUAUAUCUCUCAAAUUGGAGCAAAACUUUGCUCAAGUUUUGGACAAACGCCUGUCUAUUUCUCACAAUACUGUGGUCAUCAUCAUCGUUGUCAUGGAUUAGGCUUUUCAGUUUUCACUCUGUUCCGGCGUCCAUCACUUCCUCAGUAAGGUGGUGCAUGAUUUUAUAAUGAGAACCGUUCUCAAUAAAUCAUAACCAGUAGAAAGAAUGGUUGGUUCACAACGUAAUUAGUCAAAAUUGUACUUUAGUGAUUCUUGGUGAGUAAGUUUACUUAGCUACUUACAACCCAGUAGGCUGCUAAUGGUGUUUCAAGUUGAUUUUGAGUUCUGAUCAACUUGUUUCAAAGGAGUAUCAAAAAAAUAAUUUUUGUCAAUAGUCGACACUAUUCGAAAUUAUUAUGAAAGAAAAAACAGGUUACCCUGAAAUCUAAAAAUUAUAGAGGCGGAUCUUUAAGAUACUCUGUUACAAUAUAGAAUGGUUGAAUUUCAUGUAUAACCGACUUUUAUUCACACGCACAAAUAGUAAAAUACCAAAUCAAAGAUUCAAGUAAGAUAGGAGAGUUGAUAAAAAUAUAAAAUAUGAUAAUAAUAUCAAGAUUUGAAUAGUCCUGGUUUAAAAAAGAGGAGAAAUAUAAAUUUUUGCAACUGUGGUUAGAUUUGUUAUAAUAUGGUGGCCACUCGGAAGUUUCCUAGGAAGUUUCCAUAGAAUUUAAUAAAAAAUAUCAAUGAAUAUUCAAUUAAAUUAAAUAAGAAUAAUAAAUACGUGAACAAGUACCAAUAACUAAAUGAAUCAAACAUAUAAAAAAUGAGUCUUAUUGUUAUUCAUAAUCAAAGUAGAAUUGAAAAACUCAAACACAUUGUUUGGCACGAUACCUACACUAAAAGAAUUAUUUUGGAAAAAAUCUUACAAAUUUAAAGAGAUGAGGUAGGCUGUAAAUUCAUUAUUGAAACUAUGGAACUAGUAUCUCUCUAUGGUCAAAAUAAAGGUGAAUAGCUGGAAUUGAAAGUUGUGAAACAAUAAAUAUUGAUUACCAUCCAUGAACGAUUGAGUAGGUAGGCUACUGUAGUCUUUAAAUAACUUAGCAGCGUCGGGUACAGAUGUAGCAUGUCUUCUUAUUCCAUUCACGCUGCCAAGUUAUGAAUCGUACUACACACAUCUAAUUGUUUCUUGUUAGAUAUCGAGUUAAUCUUAGCUGAAGUAGUAUAUGAAAUCAAUUAUUGAAUUUUGUUGAAAUCUAUAACGUGUUAUAUUUCAAGACAUUUUGAAUUUCCACAAAUAUUUUAAAAUUCUAUUUUUGUUCUAUUGAGAAUACAUUAUUUUUUAUAAUAAUUCCUUAUAAAGGAGUGUUCAUAGGACAUUAUCAAUGUAUAUUAUGGUAUAUGUACUUAUUGUAUAAACUGUAAGAGUGUAUGAAAAGAAUUCAAUUAAUGUAGCUUAGUGUUGAUAUAAAUUAGAUAGAGACAAUAAUUAUGAGUAUAUAUUCUAUGACGUGUAAAAAUGUUAAUAUUGUUGAAAGAUUGUGAAAUUCCUGAUAACAAAACUGAUUUUUGGUUUGUAGAUUCAUACUGAUAGAAGUGAUGACUGGAAUCGAGAGAGAAAACGAUGGAUGGUGAGAGUGAGAUAGAGUUUAGUAAAUAGAGUGAGAAUGUUGAUGUGAAUCUUAUGAAGAGGAACUGAAGAGUGAGAGAGAGAUGCAAGAAAUUUAGAAAAAUCAAGAAAUACCGUGUAUGGAUGCAUGAGUGACUCUUUAUGAAUGAUUCUUGUAAGAAAGGGAGCGCAAAUGUGUUUUUCUAGCAUUCGAAUCUUUUAUUAUUUUACAAAACAAUCUAUUAUAGGCCUAAUACUAGUUGUUGAAUAUCGAAUUCAAUUUUAAAUUAUUUGCACAACUUCGAUGCUCUAUAUUAAAAAAUCGCAUGCUCUUUCUAUAUUUAUAUUCUGCACUUUUGAUGUCUCUUAAUAAUAAAUUUCAAAUGCAAAUUUUGUUGUGACAGAUUAUUCAUGCACUAGAAUUUGAAUCAUGAAACCUGGAAAUCCACCUCAGUCUUAUUUCGAUUCAGACUUCAUAAAUGUUCGAGGUAUUUCCAGUGAGAGCCUUGAACAAACAUUAAUAGACAGUCUAAAUCACCAGAAAGGAUUUUCGUUCAUUAAUCGCGAAAUGGCAUAUACAUGAUAUAGUUCCUCCUUUAUCAUGACAAUUAUUCUUAAUCAAAUUAAAAUGUAAUUUAUUACUAGAUUAUUUUUUUCAAUACAGAAUUAUUUUAUUCAAUUCAUUAUUGAGUUAAAAACGUCACAUAAAUAACAUCUUUCCUUGAUGUUAUUCAUAAAUAGUUUUUGAUGACAGAUGAAAUAAAUGUUUAUUGAUGAUCUGUUUUAAGGUCUUAAUUCAUCAUACAAGUGAGGUUUCCAAGGAUAUAAUAGAAAAUCUGGUUUUUAUUGAUGAGGGCAUUUCAAAAAGUGGGCUAACGUCUUACGCGAAAAUGAUUUCUAUAUAUUAUUACUAUAUCGUUGGGCUUCUGAAUGCCAAAAUAGGGAUGAAGAGCUAUCAUGAGGGUAUGAUCCAAAUUCUAGUGCUUAUCUAGAUGAGACACUGGCAAACAAUAUUUUUUUAUACAUUUUAGAUGACAUCUUGUCAACUCGAUUUGGCUAUUCAAAGUCAUGUGGAGUUCAAGUCAUGAAAUUCACGAGUUUCAUCUAAAACUACAAUUAUUGUUAUUUCAAGUCAUGUUAGAAUAAUAAAUGUCUAUAAGGAGACUGUUUUAUCUAAUUAUAAACCGAACUGAUUGGAAAAUAUUAUUGUAUCUGCUAAAAAAGUAUUUCGAAUACCGGUACAUCCUCAUAUAUUUUUAUUUUGGCAAUGCAAAACAAAUCUACAGUGUACAGUCUCAGGUUAAUACCAAACCACCAAUAAAAUGUUAUUUGCCUUUGUCUCUCAACACAUCAAAUUUCACAGCUCUAAAACUUGUUGAAAGGUCUUUCAAACAGGAAUUUCCAAGCUUCAUGAAUUAAGUCUCAAUUUUUUUGGAAAUGGAAUUCAAGUAAGUUUUCUGUGUGGAUAAGGUAUGCUUAUUCAAAACAAGAAAUCCACCAACUCUAGUUCAUGAUUUAUACUGGCAACCUAUAUCUUAUAUUAUAUGAACAUCGACUGAAUAUGCAGAGUAAUACAAACCUUACUCCCCAUCAUAGAGCUUAUGGAUCACAAUCAUAACCUCAUGGGUUUGGAUGAUUUUUGGGUCAUGGGGCACUUUAUAAAAUACGGUAAUCAAGAAAGUAACAAAUUACAUAACAGGAUACAACAUAGGCCUACAACAGAUAGAUACGGUAUUAAGUUGAGUCUCAUUCUCAAUUAUCAAGAAUCCAUGAAUCACAAUCGAGUCUUUGUUUCAUUGUUUUUAAUUAUUGUGAGUGACAUCACUUCCAUUUUCAGCUUGGAAUAGAGAAUAAACUGUAUUAUGGAAUAAAAAUAUUGUAAUAUUCCAUAUAGCAAAUUGAAUAUUUCUAAACUCAAAAAAUUUAAAUUGUCAAUAGUCAACUGUGUUGUGUGAUAUGAUGCAAUCCUUGACAUUCGAAUCAAUUAAAAUCAUAUAAUAGAAAUAAUUACCCCAAAAAAUAAUUUCAAUACUUCUAGAUCACUCAAAUGUCGAAUAGCCUGAAACGUUUUUCAAUGCAAUGUGUGAUAUUGACGUGUUUUAGACAUUUCAGGACUUUAACCCAAAGUGAAUAAUUUGUUUACUUAAACAACUUAAUAGUUCAAAAAUAAACAAAUCCUGUUGUGUUCUUUCAACAAGUCAAGAGUAUGCAGAGAUUUUUUUCACAGAACUAAAAAAAUAAAAACUUUUUUAAACUGUAAGUUAUCAAAAAUGCAGAACUUGUAUAUUUAAGUACCGUACUUCAAUGAUAAUUGACUGCAGUUUUGUUCUCAGGAAAAUUGAAAUAAUAUUUAUGAGAGUUGGAAUAAUUUUGUGGCUUGUUGAUAGAAAAUAAUGAGAAAUAAUAUUCUCACAAGGCUGUGUUGACAAUAAUUAAUUAUAAGAAUAAAAUAAUAAUAGUAUAAACGUGAGCCUUGUUGUUAGGUGAAAAUCGCUUAGGGAGUUUAAUAAUAAUAAGCAUAAAAUAGCUGAGAGCUUAUAGCUAAUUUUAGUUCUCUUUUCAUGUUCAUUAAACUUAUUUUUCAACUCAUAUUGUCAUACCAUAAUCAUACCUAAUUCCUAAUCCCAACCAGACUGCAUUAUUUUGUUGUAGAAGACUUUCCUUUUUAAUAAAUAUAAUCUCCUUAUUUAAAAAGUUAUAAUUUCUCAAAUUAAAUCAUUAUAAUCCACUUGUUUCUACUUGCAGUUUUUUAUUGUUCAUUAUUUCUAGUUAGUCCUUUACUUUACUCAUUAAUUCUAAAUCUUAAAUUUCUAACAUUGACAUAUUAUGUUUUCAAUUUGUAGCUGAGUAUUUACGAAAUUCACAACAAACACUCAUUAUAUUUUCUCAUCUCAUUCAUUUAUGAAUUACUUUCUUAUCUAUUUGAUAGUAGGCUGUACUGGAUUAAUCUGUAUUGUAAUGCCACAAACAUGUAUCCUAUAAUCCUACAUACGUUGCCUAUAAGGAGACAAUAAUCUACACAUUAAAAUCAUUUUGAAGUAUUUACUGGGAGCAAGGUUGUAUUUUUUAAAUGUUUAAUGAUGAAAAUAUUAUGAAAUUUCGAAAGAAUUUUGAAUGAUAAAUAACGUAGAAUGCUGCACCAGUUGAAAAUUGUGCACAAUAAAUAUACAGAUAUGCUUGACGCACUGGUUAAAAAUAAACACUUCACUUGGAAUUGCUUCUAAAGAUUUUGAAAUAGAAAUCGACAAUAAAUAGGUUGUAAGGUUUUGAGUGAGUAUUGAAAUCGAAAAUAUUGUAUAACUUUGCAAUUUUGAAUCAAUAUCUAAAGUGAGAUGACAAUAAAAAUUUUUUUUACUGAAUCUUACUUUAAUUGAAAGUUAUGCAUCAAUGAGAAAACUGUAGAUAUUCAUUUAUAAGUAGAAAAACUGACUCAAACUUGAAUUCUCUAUGAGAUUUCCAACUAUGAUUUGCGAUUAAUGGUUUGGAAUAUCUGAAUAAUUUCAAAGACAAUAUGAAUUUCAACAAGUAUUAGAGACUAAUCAAAUAUUAUUCAUAAAUUCCAAAUAUUUCAUAGAUUCUGUGAAGAAAGACAGUUUCAUUUUUCUCAUUGGUGUUUAAAUGCACAACAAUUCAAUUAUUAUAACGUAUUUUAUGGUUGCACCUAUUUUUCAAUAAGCGCACUUGACAAUAUUCUUCUCUUCAAUACUUAUCUUAUAAGUGAGCACUGAAAAACGUUGAAUUCAUUUCUCAAUUUCUCAGGAUAUUCUACUAUAUAUGGCACAAAUCUCACUCCAACAUUGAAAUUCUUGGCUAUAAUAUCAAUCACUAAUUUUUAUAUGUGGCACAAUAUUUUUUAAAUUCUAGUACUGGCACUUGAAUUCAGCACCUGAAACUUUCAAUUUAUUUUAAUCACUCACUGCACAUUUUAAAUUUCAGACUCUGGCACUCAUAUACAGCACUUCAAAUCCCCUCUUAAUCCCACCCAAUCACUGCACAUUUUAAAUCCCUAGCCUGGAAUUAUUUGAACUCAAAUCUCUGGCACGUAAUAUAGCACUUGAAACAUUUACUUUCACAAAUAAUUGCACAAUGUUGAUAUUUUUAGCUUAAUAAGUUACAAAUUGGACUCUUUGGCUUAUUAUUACGGUAUAUAGGUAGCAAUUAAAGAUUUCCAUUUUUUAAACAAUCACUGCACAUUUUAAAUUCUUGUGCGAUAAAAUUUCAAUUGAAGUCUCUAGCACUUGGAAUAUUCAUGUCUCCCCAUUGGUGCACAUUUGGAAUUUAAUAUCAAAACUACAAAUAGUUGGUGGCACUUCUAAUAAUUAUUUGUAUACUAUUAUCACAGAUCACAGUAACAAUUAUUGCACAUUUUGAAUUAUGGCAUUAUGAGUUUUAAAUAGUCUGCGGCACUUGAAAAGUAUCAUUUAUCCUAAUGUAUCACUGCACAUUACAUCACCCCCCCCCUUCACAAGUUUUAUUGAGUUGCUUGCAAUUUGUGUUCGCUUCCACUUACAGCACUUACAGCACUUCCAUCUGCACUUUCACCGAUUGCACUUUCAAAUUCCUUUCACAUCCCAUGCACAAUUUUUAUUUGUUUUCACAUAAUUGCUUUAUCACAAUUGCACUUUUUUGAAUUGCUUCAAAUUUUAUGCACAAUUUUUGUUCGAGCACAAAAUUGUCCUUUUGAGUAACUUCCACAUUUUAUGCACAUUUUUUAAGCACGCAAAUAUCCCAAUAGCAUAAUAGAGUUGCUAAGAUAAAUAAAAAUAGUAUAAGAUAAUAUAGUCUGUAAUAUUAGUGCUACGGUGGUUUGAAAUACGGUACUACUACUUCUAUUAUAUCAUUAUGUAAUAUAAUGAUUAUUGGAAAUAAUUAAAUGUUAAGCAUUAUGAUACUCUACUCGAUAUAAGUGUAAUAAUCUCUUCCAUACCUAACACUAGUUGAGCAUAGUAGUAAGUACAGCAAAAUUAUUUAUUGUUGAUGAAUUAUAUUAUUGAAAUCAAUAUAUUUACUUCUUUGUAUUUAUCUCUUUAUUAAAUCUUAAUUUAAUCAUUCUUGAGAAUGAGUCGAAUCUGGAGAGACUAAACAACUUAGCCCAUUCGUUCGUUCCCACUGUAAAAUGAAUUAAAAAUCAUACACUAGUCUGGCUGAAUGUCAAUUUGAGACAGUUUUGAGAAUUUCAAGGCAUUUAAAAAUGUCCAAAAAUGACUAAACCGGUACUGUUUCUAUGAACUAACUAGUUAGGUACCGUACUUUUGAAUGUAAGACUGCUGUAAACAACCCUUGUUGUUCUAUUUAGCAAUAGUGCGAGUAUCACUAGUUAAAAAAGAAUUAGUAGGUCUACUAUAGUAGACUAUAGCUUUAGUUUUACUUGUUGCUAUUUUUUUAUAAUAUAUUUUUUUCUAUUGAAGCGUAUAAAUUAUACACAAUUCAUUUACGGUAACUGUGAUGAAGCGGACAAUGAAAAAUCAAUGAGAGGCUUUUCACUUCUAUAGUCUCUUCAUAAUGGGCGUACUUCAACAAACUUAACUAUCAAAUUUCUAAUAUAUGUUUUCAAACAAUAAGAUAAUAAUAAACACAUAUUAUUUCACAUUAGUUUGGGCAUUCGAAUUUAAAAUUUGAAAUAGUUUGUAUCAGGAUGCAAUAGAUACGGUACUGGGAUAAACAUGAAUUCAAAAUAGAGAUCAAUGAAUAAAUUAAAAAAUUGACAUUCUAUUCAGAAUAAUAAUACAAUAGAUCAUACAAUAAUAUAGGAGGCUACAAUAGAACUCCAGUUAUCCAAACUCCGACUAUCAGAGUCGCCGAUAAUCCAAAUCGCCGAGUAGGCGAAAUUUUCGUGAAUUUCAUAUAUGUUUGAAAACCAUUAGCAAAGUUCAAUGUAUUGAUCUACAGUACCUGAAGAAUAUGCAAAGAAUAAUUACCGUACUAGAAUUAAAAUAAACUGAGAAUAGAGAUCAAUAAAUAAAAUUUGAAAUUGACAAUGAACUGGUUAAAAUUGAAGUAAAUUAAUACAUUAAUUUAAUGAAGGUAUUUAUUUCUGAAUUUCACAUUUUUUGUGAAUCCAAUUAUCCGAAUAAUUGUAUAACCGAAUGGGGUCCAGUCCUAAUUCAAUUCAAUUCAAUUUUAAAAUUUCAAUUUAUUCACAACACACAAAAAUACAAUGAGUAAAGGCAAUAUACAACAAAACAAUAGCAAUAACAGUAACAAUGAUAUUGACACAUUAAAAGACAAUAUUGCUAAAAUGAUGUGUGCUGGAAGAAAGAGGGGGAAAAUACCUCGCCAACUAUGGUUUCCCAUGUAAUAGGCAGGUAAGGUAUAACUGGAAGGGAAGGGUGUGUAAUAGGGAAGUGGAAGAAGGUAGGUAGAUUGGCAUGGCUAAUUUUUAAUUAUUUUGGAUAGUUGGAGUUCCACUGUAAAUACAAAUAAUAAAGCAGUCAAGUCAUCAUAUAUAGUCCUAUACUGUAAAGAUAGCUGAUAUAAAAACCAUAUAUAGAGCAUAAAAGCCCUACUUCGAAUUUCAAGUAAAUUCUAGUACUGUAACAUAAUUUACGGUAUUCAUAUGAAAUAAAUUUGAAAGUUUAUUAAAAAAUGUAAUUUAAUGGAUGGAUUAAAUUCUUGAGAAGAUACUAAGCUUUGAGUAGAAAUCUAUAAAUUUCAUUGAGAAAGACUGUUGGAUAGAAUCAGUACACAUAGUGAAAUUUGACGUUGCUUAUGAUGCUGAAAAGUUUACAAGUAGGCCUAUAUGGCUCGAGGCAGUUUUGCCACAUCCUACUUAUUAUUCAUUAAAAACAAAACUGUUCAUUGAGAUAAAUAAUAUGUAGAUAAUAAUAUAAAAAUCAUUAGUUGAAUUUGACAACUAUCAUUAUUAAUUAUUUUAUAUAACUUAAUGUAAUGAAGAUUAAAUUCAAUAUUGAAGAAGUUCUGCAAAAUUUUCGCAACAAAUAUAAAUUAAUUUUGCUGUACUUGAUACUCCAAUACGGUACUGUAAUGAAUUAAAUAACUUAAGUAAUUUCAGUAACUAUAUCUCAUUUAAGUUACCUAUAGUUAAGAAAAAUAAAUAAUAAAUGUAUGAUAGAAUCAAGUCAAUCAACAACAAUAAUUUGGUAUUAUUUUUUCACAUAUUGUUUUAAUGGUACCUACCGUAGGUACAUAAAAUAAAUGUUCAAUUUUCGCAUCUUCACAGAUAAUGAUGUAUGACGAUGUAUGAUGUAUGACGAUGAUGUAUUCCUUGACAUUAGAACCAAAUUAUUUGAAAAAAAGAUAUACAGUAUAUUUCUGAAAAACAAUUAAUUUUCUAUUGUUCAUAGAAUUCCAACAUUUUUCAAGAACAUUGAUAGAUUGAUAAAAAUUGCAUUGAUUUUUCUCUAAUUUUGAAAAUAGAGUACCAUUAGGAUCCUUAUUCCAUUUCCAAGUUAUUCAAUCUCAUAGUUAAUACAAUAACAUAAUCAAUCAUUGAAUAAAUUAGAUUCUAUAUUUGAAAAAUAUGAUUUGAAUGUUAUAAAGUCAAUACCGGUACUGUAGAAGUAAGUUAUAAUAUUGAGAAUAGUAUUAUGAUAGGAAAGUUUUCACUGUGCAAUUGAAUUUAAAAUAGAAGUAAUCAAAUACAGUGCAUUGGCUUUCCAGGAAAAUAAAAUAAGUUACAAUUAAAUAAAUUCAUUAAAUAUUUCUUAAUUGGAAUGAAUCGCCUGCGAAUAGAUCCCUCGAAGAUAGGAAGCACAUUUUCAAAACUUGAAUUUUUUACAAUAUAUGAUAUCAUUAUUAUGAUAGAUGUUCAAGUUUGAUUACAUUUGAAAAUGCAAUUGAAAUAUGAUUGAUGUAAAUAAAAAAACUGUAAUCUUGAACAGCAUGCAUUUAAAACUUUGUAUAAAUCAGAAUUAGCCUAGGCUAACUUUGAAUAGUAACUAUAGUAUCAAUCUACAUUCAACAACUAUCAAUAUAAUAACUACCUAAGGUACUCAUCAUAAUAGGUGUUGGUGUUGGAAUACUAUAUUUAACUAACAAUGUAAAUAUCCAUGUUAAUACCUUGAAAUGAUGUAUUUUAGUGUCAUUAUAGCUUACCAUGUGAAAUAUACUAGUCUAUUUAAUCUUUUUCUGUAUACUAUUACAAUGAGGUGGUCAAUCUUCCUGAAUGAUAUAGGCUAAUUUGUAUGUGCUUCUUGAGAUAAUAUGUGUAUUUUGAAAGUAUUUUCUGCUAAUCAAAAGAUUCUUUACAGCAUUUUUCAACUAAGACGUAAUUUACAUUACGGUAUUGAUUAUUUAUUGGUGAAAAAUUGCUGUAGUGUGAAAGCCAAAUUAAAAAUGAAAGGUGUGUAAUUCAAAGUAUUAUAUUUAUAGUUGUCGAGAUAUGAUUAGCAAUAACUAAUUAUAGUGUAAUAUAUUGUUAAUGUUAAUAGAUAGAAUGUAAUUAUUAGCUGUUUAAGUGCAAUGAUUAUGUGUAUGAUUCGAGAAAAAUUGUUUGUGUUACCCAAAUACUGCGGUACCUACGCAGUUGAAAAUUCACCAAGGUAUAUUUGUCUUGUUCUAUUGUGGAAUAUCUUAUGAAUUACUCCUAAUUAUAUGUGUACUGAAAAGAAAUUUCCUCGAUUUCCAAAAAAAAUGUGGAUGUCCUCCCCCAUGAGAAGAGUGAAUUUAAAUUUUCUUGUUAGACUGUAUGAAUGUUCCCUUACCCUUUAAAUGUGCCUAUGUCAACUGAAUGUGAAUUCUCAAUGUGCACUGUGUAAUAGACUAACUGGUAUUCAAGUGGACGAUUUAGCAAUGUUUAUAGAUGCAACAUUUAAACAAUAUUUUAUUACCGUAUUUUAAUUUUGACUAUUAUUAUAAUAUUGUGGAUUAUUCAAACUUAGUGGAUUUACUCUGAACAAUAAUAUUAAUUGCUGUAUUUGAAUUUUUUCCAAUAUAAAUAAAAAUUGAAGAUGGUGUGAACUUAGUUAUGCAAUUUUUUAGAGUAGGGUCAGCUAUUAUUAUAACCCAUUACAGUUUUAAGAAGCUCAUUUUUUAAAAUCGUUCACCCAGUGAAUUGAUUUCUUUUGAAACUGUUGAAUACUGAAGGAAUGGCGUUUAUGUAUAGUUGUUUUGAAAUUUGAAUAUUUGAAUGAUGUCUGCUAUAUCCAUUCAAAUCACACAAAUAUGAAGAAGUACACAUAACUUGUUAUUUUCGCUAAGUUAUAAUAGUAUAAUUCAAUCAAAUUGAAUUUGUUUUUUAAUCAAGAAAACUAUCUAUCUGAAAAAUUGUAUAACGCAUUCUAGAUGAGUCCAUUGGGAUGAAAAUAGU